AUGACAACCGGAGGAAUUCAUCCAUACAUGUUUGAGCCAGAGUCUGAUCCCGAAUUAACCCCCUCCACAAACACCACGGAUACUGCAGUCUGUGACAGCGUGUCUUUAUUCAUAUAUGAAGUGAGAGUCCUUGAUGAGCCACACUCACAAACAUCAGAUAGGGACGAGAGGAGAAACAGGGGAAACAGAUUGUUGGAAACGUUUGAGAGGAACCUUGGAGAAAUCGUUGGAUAUCACUGGAGUGGAACUUUGAAGACUUCGCUGGAGAACAGGUACUCUUUUGAGGACUGUCAUGCUACAGCUGACUGGCUUCUGUCUCAAACUGCAGUGCGCCCUCUGGUGGGCAUAGUGUGUGGCUCAGGUUUGGGUGGCUUGGCUGACAUGCUGAAAGACCAGGUGGCGUUUAACUACCGGGACAUUCCCAACUUCCCCCAGAGUACUGUGCAUGGUCACGCAGGUCGGUUGGUGUUUGGUACUUUGAAGGGUAGACCAUGUGUCUGCAUGCAGGGAAGGUUUCAUCUUUAUGAGGGAUAUCCCAUCCAGAAGAUUACUAUGCCAAUGCGGAUAUUCAAACUGCUGGGUGUGGAGACAGUGAUUCUCACCAACGCUGCUGGUGGACUGAACCAGGACUAUAAAGUGGGAGAUAUCAUGAUCAUAAAAGAUCAUCUCAACAUGCCUGGAUUUGCUGGGAACAACCCUCUUGCAGGACCCAAUGAUGAGAGGUUUGGUGUCCGUUUUCCCUGCAUGUCUAAUGCAUAUGAUCGGGAACUUCAGCAGCUAGUGAUGGACGUGGGUUCGGAGCUUGGUUACAGUGACUUUCUGAGAGAGGGUGUGUACUGUGUUCUUGGAGGACCUUCUUUCGAGACUAUUGCUGAGUGUCGCAUGUUGCACAAGCUGGGAGCUGAUGCUGUCGGUAUGAGCACUGUUCACGAGGUGAUUGUGGCACGUCACUGCGGAAUGCGGGUCUUUGCUCUGUCUUUGAUAACUAAUAAGGCAGUGAUGGACUACGACAGCGAGGAAAAAGCCAAUCAUGAAGAAGUUCUGCAGACGGGCAAACAAAGGGCAGUGCAGCUCGAGAGGCUGGUGUCAACCAUAGUCACCAGGCUAGAGCACAACAACAAUUACGCCUAAGACUGUUCUCAAAUCUUAUCAUCUAUCAAAGACCAAAUAAUUAAUCUGUUAAUUAACAUAACUAAUAUGGUUCUAGUCAGUUCCUUUUGGCUCACACAGUUAUUUAUAAGAUUUGUUGAUUCAUAUUUUAAAGUGCAACAUUAUUUUAAACAUUUGUUUUCUUUGUUGUCAAUAUACAGUAUUUAUCCCUAAUGUAUAUAAUCAGUCAACUUUUUUUUUUCUUAAGAAAAGUUAUAUUUUUACAUUCCUCUGAAUGCUGAAAUGUAUAAAACUGUAAAUGUUUCUUUUUAACUGAACACAAACCAUUUAGUCUUAAUUUAAAAUUAGUUUGAAUUGUCUGUAAAAUGUUGAUUGCUUUAUAGUUUUGGUAGUAGAUGUACAGUAAAUGUCUGUCU